GAGGAAGAGGAGAAGGAAAAGGAGGAAGAGAAGGAGGAGGAGGAGGAGGCUCUGGCACAGGGUAGAAAGGACAACAGAAUGAGCCAGCUCUGCUGAGGCCCUCUUUCCAGCAGUUCCAUGUAGGGACCAGGACCUGCCGGAGGACAACUUGAGAGUUCGGGAGCCAGGGCCUAGAUGAGUGAUGUGAAGAACCCAUGUUCAGCUCUAACAAUAUAAACCCCUACCUGGGAGAGCAUCAGAGAACCGCUGCCCACCGUUUGCCUCCUAGAGGGGCUCUGCAGACAGAGAGUACAAAGAAUGCUUCUCCCUGUAUGACAAGCAGCAAAGAGGGAAGAUUAAGGCCACAGAUCUUCUGGUGUCCAUGAGGUGCUUAGGGGCCAGCCCCACGCCUGGGGAAGUGCAGCGGCACCUGCAGACUCAUGGGAUAGACAAGCACGGAGAGCUGGAUUUCUCCACCUUCCUGACCAUUAUGCACAUGCAAAUCAAGCAAGAGGAUCCAAAGAAAGAAAUCCUUCUGGCCAUGCUGAUGGCAGACAAGGAGAAGAAAGGUUACAUCAUGGCGUCUGAGCUGCGGUCGAAACUCAUGAAGCUGGGAGAGAAGCUCACUCACAAAGAAGUGGAUGAUCUUUUCAAGGAAGCGGGCAUCGAACCAAACGGCCAAGUGAAAUAUGACACAUUUAUCCAGAGGAUCACCCUUCCUGUACGAGACUACUGAGGGAAGUGAGAUCAAGGGAGCAGAGCAGAGGACAAGAGCCUCUGGGGCCUGAAAAGAGAAGUCUAGAGAUGGCAAACACAGCAGUAAGAUCACGUGGCACAACCACAGCAGGGGAUAAGUACCAAUAAAUGAUGUCACCAUGGCAUUGGAUGUUUGUAGUAAGAGGUCUGUCUUGAUUUUGGUACUAACAUUAGUCUAGCCCUUUGCAGCAUGGAAAGGCCUAUGAUUUGUAGUCAGGGUUGUGUGCCAGUGCUGGCUCUGCAAUGCCAUCCCCCUCACCCAUUGAACUUCUCAAAGCCUUUGGACCUCACAAGGAUGAAGAUUAUGACUUGAAAAUAAAUGGUUGGCAACUUGA